ACAGGAAUGGAGAAUAUUUAGCGCACAUCCAGUGUAUACGUGUACUCGUAUUGAUGCAUACAUAUAUAUACCCCGUAUAUAUUUCUGAUUGCUUUCGAUCCCACUUUGGAGUUCAAUUAAAGGUGGUGUGAUGCGCGUGGUGUGAUGCUCGAAAGAUGUCUGUGAUCAGUUUUUUGUCAUCUUAUAGCAAGAUAACGACGGGAAUGUCAAGGAUUUUGUCGCGUCAUGGUAGACGAUAAAGCGUCAAUUACCACGGAAACCAAGUAUCGUAUGGUAAAUGUGGAUCGGGACGAUAACUCGAGGAAGACGCGCGUAAAAGCAACGAUGCCUUCGGAAUUGAGAUCAAUCAGCGCGAGUGACUGGAUCACAGUCAUCGUUCUCUGUUUCGUAAAUCUUAUAAAUUAUAUGGACCGUUUUACGGUCGCCGGGGUACUGACUGACAUCAAGAAGGAUUUUGAUAUUGGUAACGAUUUGUCUGGACUAUUACAAACUGCAUUUAUCUUGAGCUACAUGGUGUUCGCACCAUUAUUUGGAUACCUGGGAGAUCGCUAUAGUAGAAAAUUGAUAAUGAGCGGUGGUGUAUUCCUAUGGUGCUUAACGACAUUUAUUGGUUCAUUUAUGAAGAGAUAUGGAUGGUUCCUAUUCUUUAGAGCUCUUGUUGGUAUAGGAGAAGCGAGUUAUUCUACAAUUGCACCAACAAUAAUUAGUGAUUUAUUUGUGAAAGAUGUACGUUCCAAAAUGCUUGCCCUAUUUUACUUCGCUAUUCCAGUUGGAAGUGGUUUGGGGUAUAUCACAGGAGGUGAAACAGCUCGUAUCACUGGUAACUGGCAAUGGGGGUUACGCAUUACUCCUAUAUUAGGUAUUGUAGCAAUUCUACUGUUACUUACUGUAGUCAGAGAUCCUAUUAGAGGUGAACGAGAAGGUGGCGUUCAUUUGACAACUACCACAUGGUCGUACGACAUCAAGGAGUUAUUGAAAAAUCCAAGCUUUAUGCUGUCUACUGCAGGAUUUACUUGUGUGGCAUUUGUCACUGGUGCUCUGGCAUGGUGGGCGCCGACAUAUUUACAAUAUGGUUUUAAAUUACUUCCUUAUAAUGUGAAUAUCGAUGCAGACGACGUUGCAUAUAAGUUUGGAUUAAUUGGUAUGGCAUCUGGUCUAAUAGGUGUACCAUUAGGUUCUACUAUAGCACAAAAAUUACGAGUCUAUUGGCAACAAGCUGAUCCUCUAAUAUGUGCUAUAGGUCUUCUAAUAAGCGCUCCUUUUUUAUUCUUUGCUAUGAUUACUGCCAAUACAAACUCUACUCUCUGUUACAUAUUAAUAUUCUUUGGUCAAUUGUCAUUAAAUUUGAAUUGGUCCAUCGUAGCAGAUAUGUUAUUGUAUGUAGUAAUUCCUACAAGGAGAUCUACGGCAGAGGCAUUCCAAAUUCUUAUAGCACAUGCUCUUGGAGAUGCAGGAAGUCCUUAUCUUAUUGGACUUAUAUCAGAAGGAUUAAAGUCCACUCUCUUACCAGAUUUAGGUAUAGGAGGACAAUCUGCUGUUCAUGACAAUCAAAACAUCAUCGAGUUUCGUAGUCUACAAUAUGCAAUGUUUCUUACAAUGUUUGUAGAAGUACUUGGUGCUCUGUUUUUCUUCCUGACAGCAUUACAUAUACAAAAAGAUAAAGCAUUGGUCGAUCUUGCUAUUGCAGGUGGAAGUAUUUCAGACUCAGUAUGUAUUUGCAACGACGCAGUUGACAGUGAAUUACAAAAUGAUAGAAAUACGAUAUUAGAAUAUAAUAGGCAUUACGAGGAACCGUCUCAUAUAUAGGUCUUGUAGAAUCUUAAUACUUUAGAUAAGUUAUGGUUAUUACGAGUGUACAGUAUAGUUCUAUCAAACAUAGAUAUCGAUUUGGUUUUAUAAAACAAGAUGUCAUAUAUGACACAAAAAUAUAUGUUCUGUAUACAGAACGUAUCUGAAGAAAAUCUCCAUAUAAUGAUAAUGAGUAUCCUCAGAGAGCUAGUUGUGCAAGUUACCACCAUUAAUAGUGUACAAAACAUUCGAUUCGCAAACAAUGAAACUCUUAGGAUGUGAAUGAAACGCCGCCUUUAUAAAUUGUACAAUAUUUUUAAAUAUUAUAUUUUUAUAAUCGCUCAUUGCAAAUUCAUAUUUGUAGCAUAUUACUGAAAUCAUCAGAUAAUAGAUGCAAAUUAUAUGAAUGAUAAUACAAUUAAUACAAUAAGACUAUAUUACUGAAAUCAUUAUAUGUAUAAUAGAUGCAAUUAUAACAUAGUAUUACUGAAAUAAUCACAUAAUAGAUUCAAAUUGUAUGAAUGAUAAUACAAUUAAUACAAUAAGGCUGUAUUAGUAAAUAAUUUGCAUAUAAGAUGUGUAAGUAUUUUCUGAUUAAAUUAUAUCAGUAACAUUCACACUGCUUCGGUAUUAAACUAUAAAAAUACUCACAGUUGUGUGGUUCUUUAUAAAAAAACAUUGUUAUGAAUUGUAUUCUAUAAAACUAAUAUAAAAAAUUAAUUAAUAUAUAUUACUAUUAAGUUUGCCAAUUUAACUAAGCCAGAGGUAAAUGUAGAUAGACAUUUCGAUAAUUAUAAAUAUGAA